AUGCCGUAUUAUCUGGAUAUUGUACGACCACCUCCACCUCGCUAUGCCGUUUACAGGAUGAGCACCGAUUCAUGGAGCGUAUUGAAAGAGGAAGAUGUUCAAAAGAUCCUUGCAUUUUAUUUGAGCACUGAAGUUUUUCAAUUGAUGGAGUCAUCUUGUCCUAAAUCUAGUGGGAAGUUGAUUCCAUUAAAUGAUCGUAUAUCUUUUUGGGAUACUGAGAUGAGGGAUAAAAGUGAUAAAAGUAAUGAGGUUUGGGUGUUGAAUGAGGAUGGGCAGUGGACCAAACUUAUGAAGAUUAAACCUAUUUUUGAAGUUGAAAGGAUGUUCGGGUUUUGGAUCAAUGGUAAGGUAUUCGUAGAAUCAGGAAGUGGACAGUUAUUGCUUUAUGAUCUUGAGAAUGAGGAAUUCAGCGAGCUUGGUAUUAAAGUCAAGGAAGGUGGAGAAGAUCUUCUUCAGGUUUACAGUUAUGAGGAGAGUCUUCUUGUUAUCAAAAGAGGUGUAUUUUUGUCCCAUUUUUCACGUGCUUAG